GAGAGCGGGGCGUUGUUUCUGUCCGGUCAUAUGAUGCCGACGGACCAACGUGACAUGUCCGCAGCAGAUGAAAAGCUCCUCGUCCAAGUGUCUCCAAAUGAGGACGACGACAGACUGCAACUAAUUCAUGGUGCCAUUUUCCUGGCGGCUGUGUCGUCACUGGGCGUGAUUGCAGGCUUCGGAUCCACUUUGGCUUUGGCCAAGAAGAACAAUCCGGACUGCUUCAACAAGGGCGUUACAGCGACGACGGCGCUCCCUGAGAGUGGUGCAGCACUGGCCCUGCGAGCUCUGGGCCGCGGCUCAGUGUACGCGUGCUGCGGUGUGGGCCUACUCAGUUUCGGGGUAUGGAAGCUGCUCGGCGUCCACAGCCUGUCCGACUUUAGACAGAAGAUGGCGUCGUUGUUCCCGUCAAUCCCUAAGUCGGAAGUGGGGCCAGGGAGCGCCUCGCAAGACCUCGACUCGCUUUUCAAGUCCAAGUGACCGGACGGAAUGAUGCUAGUCGGCACGUGACGGAAAGCAUCCAACUGACCGUUGACUUUGUGGCGCCUGCAGGGACUGUAGGAACGUUUUCUGUUGGUGUUAGCCAUCUCCUGCAAUAUCGCUGCGCCACUCACCUGAACCGGAAGGAACUGCUUCGACGUGUUUUAAUCGAAUGGCGACGUUGCAUGCGCAUAAACCUCAGCAUCCAACAACAAAGUUGUAGCUAGUGAAAAUAAAGAGUGGCUAUUCACUCCAGGAAACCACGAACCAUGAUGGCCAUUAAGGAAAAAAAAAAGUCAAUCAUGCCGUGAUCCACUCUUUAUAGAUUGAAUGUGAAGUGUACAUAUUUAUUGCAUAUAUUUUAUUUACAGCACAAAACCCAUCUGUUGCAUCUAAAAGUGCAAAUGUGCAGACAUGAAAACCAAAUAAAUAAUAAUGAAUAAUC